AGCUUAUCAAAAAUCAAAGUUUAAAGAAAGAAGGUAGAGCGAAUAAGUAAACUUCAAAGUGAAUCUGUUGUGUGAAGAGUGCGAUGGGAGUAGUUGAAGAGGCUCACAAUGUUAAAGUUAUUGGGUCAGGCAAGACGACCGUGGUACUUGGUCAUGGUUUUGGCACUGAUCAAUCUGUUUGGAAACAUCUUGUUCCUUACUUAAUCGAUGAUUAUCGUGUUGUUCUUUAUGACAACAUGGGCUCUGGUCCGACUAAUCCAGAUUAUUUCGAUUUUGAACGAUACGCUACUCUUGAAGGUUAUGCCUAUGAUUUACUUGCCAUUUUAGAGGAACUUCAAAUUGAUUCUUGCAUAUAUUUGGGACAUUCUCUGUCAUCCAUGACUGGUGUUGUUGCUUCCAUAUUUCGUCCUGAUCUCUUCUCCAAACUCAUCUUGCUUUCUGCUUCACCAAGGUUCAUAAAUUCAGAUGAAUACUAUGGAGGAUUCGAAAAGGAAGAUAUCGAUCAAUUAUGUCAAGCGAUGGAGUCGAACUACAAGUCAUGGAUCGAUGGUUUUGCGCCGCUAGUAAUUGGCGGCGACAUGGAUUCAGUGGCAGUACAAGAAUUCAGCAGAACCUUAUUCAACAUGAGACCAGAUAUCUCAUUAAGUGUCUUUCGUACUAUUUUUACGUUCGAUUUAAGGCAUUUUCUCUCUCGUGUUACGGUUCCUUGUCACAUUAUCCAGAGUUCCAAGGAUUUGGCCGUACCAGUGGCAGUUUCGGAAUAUAUUCACCGAAAUCUGGGUGGGAAGUCAAUUGUCGAAGUCAUCUCAACCGAAGGUCAUCUCCCGCAGCUGAGCGCACCGGAAGUCACUGUUCCGGUGCUGCUUCGCCAUAUUUCUCAUAAUAUUACUAUUGAUCAUCAACUUUCCCAGUAGUCUAGUGUUCAUUGUUGCUUCAAUCUUCAUCGAAUUUGAGGUUUUCAAGCUCUAUGCUGUUCGGGAACUCUGCAAGGAUCUUACCUAUUCAACAUAUAUAUUGUUGUGUGGAGCUAGUACAUUUUUCUUCCAUAUGUAUCUGGUAGCUAUUUAAUUUAUAUAAGACUAUAUUAAAUAAUUUUGACACGUUUUGUU